UCUUCUUCUUUCUUGGUUUUAUCAGUAGUUGCUUUCUGUCGCAUCAAUCUAAGAUCAGAUCAGAUCAGAAAGCCUGGGAUUUCAUGAUUUGGUUUUGAUAUUCUUGACUGAUCUUCUGACUCAUCAAUCAUUACUUCUUUUCUCCAAAUGUGCCCUUCUGUACUGAUCAUGUGUUUUGCUGCUUUUGACAGCAAUUAUUUCUUUACCUUUACAAUCAUCUCACUUUAUUUGCUGCCCAAUCUAUCAAUAGCAGAUUGUUUCAGCUUUCUGGCUCUACAAUAUCAGAUGGCGAGGGAGAACAAUCCUUUUACCAGUAUCAUCCAUCUUUCAGAAUCUGCGAGAUUGCGCAUAACUUGGUUCUUGGGUCUGACUGCUCUCUGUUCACUCUUCUACUUUCUCGGAUCUUGGCAGACCGCCAAAUCCGGCCUCGGCCCCUCCGAAUUGUCCGUCGGACUUAAGUGCCGCGAAGCACUUCCUCGACCCUCUAAUGCAUUUGACCUCGAUUUCCAAUCUCGCCACCCAGUUGCGAGCCUCAAUGCGUCUACGACCGCGAGCGAGAAUUUCCCGCCUUGCAAUUUCGAACUGUUUGAGUACACUCCAUGCCAAGACUCAAGAAAGGCGCGGAAGUUAGACAAGACGAUGAUGAAGCACCGAGAAAGGCAUUGCCCUCGCGCGGGCGAGCUUCUCCGAUGCCUGGUUCCUGCCCCACCGGAUUAUAAGAACCCCUUUCGGUGGCCCGAGAGCAGGGACCAUGCUUGGCUGGAUAACAUCCCCCACAAGGAAUUGAGUGUCUCGAAGGCGGUGCAGAACUGGAUCCAAGUCGAGGGCAAUCGGUUUCGGUUCCCUGGUGGCGGCACGAUGUUCCCUAGAGGAGCUGAUGCUUAUAUCGACGACAUCAAUUCGCUUGUUUCGUUAACCGACGGGAGCAUCAGAACAGCACUUGAUACCGGAUGCGGGGUGGCAAGCUGGGGAGCUUAUCUUCUGAAGAGGGAUGUCCUGACCAUGUCGUUCGCGCCGAGAGACUCGCACGUGGCGCAAGUGCAGUUCGCGCUGGAACGGGGAGUGCCGGCUAUGAUCGGUGUGCUGGCGUCGCAAAGGAUUCCGUACCCAGCAAGAGCAUUCGACGUCGCGCACUGCUCCCGAUGUUUGAUACCUUGGAACAAGUUCGACGGGCUGUACUUGAUUGAAGUGGACAGAGUGUUGAGGCCGGGCGGGUAUUGGAUCCUCUCGGGCCCGCCGAUCAAUUGGAAUAUUCAUCACAUGGGAUGGCAGAGGGCGGAGGAGGAUUUGAAGCGAGAGCAGGAUGAGAUUGAGGACUUAGCGAAGCGCCUCUGCUGGAGGAAAGUGGCAGAGAAGGGAGAUCUCGCGAUUUGGCAGAAACCCGUUAACCACAUCGAGUGCAAUGAAAGCCGUGAUGUCGGUAAAGCUCCUCGGAUUUGCGACAGCAAUAGCCCAGAUGCCGCCUGGUACAAGGAAAUGGAGAGUUGCAUAACCCCAUUGCCGGAGGCGAAGAGCCCAGAAGAAGUCGCCGGUGGAUCACUGGGGAAAUGGCCUCAAAGAGCAUUUGCCAUUCCACCAAGAAUAAGUAGAGGUUCAAUCCCAGGCAUAACUGCCGAGAAGUUCCAGGAUGAUAACAAGUUGUGGGCGGCGCGGGUGAGUAACUACAAGAAGAUCAUCCCUCAGCUGACCGAGGGUCGGUACCGGAACGUGAUGGACAUGAACGCGAACUUGGGAAGUUUUGCGGCGGCCAUGGUGCAUUUUCCGGUGUGGGUAAUGAACGUUGUUCCCGUGGACUCUGCGGUGGACACGCUCGGUGUUAUAUAUGAGAGAGGUUUGAUCGGGACGUACCAGGACUGGUGCGAGGCGUUCUCGACGUAUCCGAGGACCUACGACCUCAUCCACGCCGAUGGCGUGUUCAGCAUUUAUCAGGACAGGUGCGACAUAACAUACAUUCUCCUGGAGAUGGAUAGGAUACUGCGGCCGGAAGGAGCGGUGAUAAUCCGCGACACAGCGGAGGUGUUGGUGAAGGUCCGGUCGAUAAUAGAAGGAAUGAGGUGGAGGAGCCAGACGGUGGAUCACGAGAGCGGGCCCUUCCACCCGGAGAAGAUCCUCGUCGCCGUCAAGUCGUAUUGGACCGGUCAUCCUACGCCGAAGCAAUAACUGCUACUGCAGAGUUUCUUUCAUCUUUUUGGGAGUAAUUUUUACAACUUGAAGAUGUUUCUUUCCUUUUUUUUUUCCUCGCUGUUUAAGGCGCAGUGUAGGGAUUCUUUUGGAACUAUGUAGAUAGAUUAUUUAUCUGUGAUUAAUUUUGAAAAGAAACCAGUGAGUUUAGAGAGUGAUUUGCUUUUCUUACUGAGAAUGAACAAGGAUUGAGAUCAGCUGUAGUUACAUUGUGAUUUAUCACAACGAUUCAAUGGUAAUUUUUUUUAUUAUUAUUAA